AGUAGGGAAGGAACUCCUGCCUAGAAUUUUCCUAAUGGAGCAGAAAGAGAAUGUGAGAGAGAAUGAGGGAUGCUUUUUCCCUUUUGCUUUUGUGUGUAACGUUGUAUGAUAAGUAAUAACCAGCCUUUUCCAGUCAAUACCCAGUUCAUUUUCUAGACUCCUUGUCUCUCUUUCUCUCUCUUGAGUGCUCACCCAUUCCCCAUCAGAGAGUAUUCUCCUGUUUUUUUUUUAAUCCUUCAUUUUGGUGAUGCUUUCAACAGAGAUACCGACAGAGAAACAAAUCUAAGUUAUGAAGUGAUUGAUUUCAUGUUCUGGGGAAGGCCUUGGCUUCAAAAAAGCCUAACUCCGUCAUUUUGUUUGAGCUUUCAACCUUUCAGAAGCUGGAUUCAGAGCAGUUGGAUGGUGGGUUCAUCUUAGUCAAUUGAGGUAGAAGACCCUUUUCCUUGUAUGCAAAUUUUGUAAUCUUUUCAUUCUCCUUUCUGGGUGUGGAAAAAAGAUCAAUUUUUUGCACUCAUGAGGGACUUCCCUUCUUGUUUCGGCGAAAAUGGAGUUCAGGUUGCUGAUUCUUCUUCAUCAAGUACUGCUAGAACUGCCCAAAAUCUGGUGACUUGUGUGUAUCAGUGUAGACUUCGGGGUAAAUGGUGUUUAAUCACCAUUACAUGGACCAAAAAUUUGAUGGGUCAGGGCCUUAGUGUUGGAAUCGAUGAUUCUUCCAAUCAAUGUCUAUGCAAAGUUGAUAUAAAACCCUGGUUGUUCUCUAAGAGAAAAGGAUGUAAGAAUCUAGAGGUGGAUUCUAGUAAAAUUGACAUGUAUUGGGACUUAUCUGCAGCAAAAUUCGGUUCUGGGCCAGAGCCAUUGGAGGGUUUCUAUUUGGCUGUUGUCUUCAACCAAGAACUGGCCUUACUUCUUGGGGAUUUGAAGAAGGAAGCAUGUAAGAAGAUAAACUCCCCCCCUGUUCCUUCCACUGCCGUUCUCAUUGCCAAGAGAGAGCAUCUAUUUGGGAAGAGACUUUACUUUGCCAAGGCUCAAUUUUGUGAUAAGGGUCAGAUGCAUGAUAUCAUGAUUGAAUGUGACACAGUUGGGGUCACUGAACCUUGCCUUCUAAUCCGGAUUGACAGUAAGAUGGUGAUGCAGGUGAAGCGCCUCCAAUGGAAGUUCAGGGGCAACCACACCAUUUUGGUGGAUGGGCUUCCCAUUGAAGUAUUUUGGGAUGUUCAUAAUUGGCUCUUUGGAAAUGCCAUUGGCAAUGCUGUGUUCAUGUUCCAGAGUUGCCUCUCUGCUGAGAAGUUGUGGGCCUGCCAAUCGAUCUCCUCCGAUCCCUCUGUACUGGCUUGGUCUUGGUCUGAAAAAUUUAGAGACACUCAAUUACAAGGUCUUGGUUUUUCAUUGAUAUUGUAUGCUUGGAAGAAUGAAUAGAAGUCUACUCCUUCCUCUUUGAGUGCUAACAAAUACUUUUUGAGUGAUUAUUUUUAUUAACGAUGUGAUUGAAAUACCUUUGAUGCAAGUUAUAAGUGAAUCCAUUGUUUUUCCUCA